AGGUACAUCCUUGUCGCGUUGAGAGGAAGAAGACGAAGAAAGUUCGAUUCUUUGUUUGUUGAAUCCCAUGGCGGUUUCUUCUGUAACUUCAUUCACAUUACCCUCUUUCUCCAUUCCCACCUCUUCCUCUUCUCCUACCAGACAGAAACCCUCUCUGCUUUCACUGCUUUCAUCUUCUUUCACUCAUCGCAGCAUUAGCUCCAAACCCUCCUUCUCGUUUAAGAAGAAGCUCUUCGCGGUUCCAGAAACCCUAGAUUCAGUUCCUGAAGUUCUCGAUGAACCCACCUCUGAGGAUUACGCUGAGGUUCUCAGCUCUUCCUCCAUAACUGUAGACGCAGAUAAGAUGGCACCAAAGCAGAAGAUUAGGAUCAAACUUAGAUCAUACUGGGUGCCACUUAUUGAGGACUCAUGCAAGCAGAUACUUGACGCUGCAAGAAACACCAAUGCCAAAACUAUGGGUCCUGUUCCCUUGCCGACCAAGAAGCGUAUCUACUGUGUUCUCAAGUCUCCACACGUUCACAAGGAUGCGAGGUUUCACUUUGAGAUCCGGACGCAUCAGCGGAUGAUUGAUAUUCUCUACCCUACUGCUCAAACCAUCGACUCCUUGAUGCAGCUGGAUCUCCCUGCUGGUGUUGAUGUUGAGGUGAAGCUCUGAUGAUCAACCGGGACUUGCAAUGGGUAACAAAAACAAGGUCAAAGGAAUCCUUUUUUUUUUGUAUGUGUGUUUUAAUAAUAGUUUUGUUGUCAACUGUUAUAGUUAAGUACAAUAUUUUUUUUGUUUUGGAUUUUAUGCUAUGUUUAUUUGAAUAUAUAAGUAUGAGUAUGAACAAAAAAAUAACACAAGUUGAGUUUUUUAAAGAAUUCAGGAAAUUGGAAUCUUGAAAGCAACUUCAUCUAUAUACUAUUAAAACAGUUCAUUUGUCUC